AUGAGUAAUGAGAGUGAUGCUGAACGAUUGUGGUGUGACCUCAAUGGUCACCUGGCUAAGAAGCCUUCUGAAAGCUGUCCUGCAGCUACGCAAGAUGAGUAUCUUAUCAAGAUACAGAAGAAAUUCGUCGAACUGAUCACAAGAUAUCCCGUUUACUCUGUAGUACAUAAAUUAGAGUUGGAAAUGUGGAAUGUCUUGUACAAAACACAGAUCAAUACAUUGCAGACUAUGUUGCAUCAGCGUUUAUCUGGUAUUGGUAAUGGUGGACCUCUCAAGUGUUCAACAAUGGAAAUUAAACUUCGACUGGUUUUAUUACUCGAUCGAGCUUCAGGUGUUUAUGUCAAUCUUAUCUACCAAUUACUUCAACCAGUUUCAGAAUUGACAUGGCCUAAAGUGAUUUCACGUUUUCUUACGGAUUUCAAUGGAUAUUUUGAGGUAACCAGUAGGAAUAAGGUGAAACAUGUAUCUGACUGCCUUGAUUUGGAUAUGGCAACUUUCUGUGUUAAUAAAGUAUGCAAUAAGAAGAUUAAACAUUCUGACUUAAAUAAAUUUUCUUCGUGUGCAGCAGAAACAGAUACGAAUACUAUCACUCCGCGCAUACUUUCUCGAGGUGAUCGACUUCCGUCAGAAGUUAUGACAGUUACUUCAAAUUUGGAAGGCUGUAAACUAAAUGAUCAGGAUGUGAAAACACUCGAUGAUAGUGAUGAAGAAAAAGAUAAAGCUACCACUAACCAAGAAUCUGUAGCUUUUUAUUUGGAUUAUGAAGCAGCUGCAAUCUAUCUAAUACAUCACUGCUUAGUUCACCUUGGCGAUAUUGCUCGGUACCGUCAACAAGCAAACGUUGCAGCUGGUUAUUAUCUUUGGGCUUGGGCUGUACAUCCAGACUCUGGGCAUUCAUUUAAUCAGUUGGCUAUUUUAGAAGCGACUAAGCCUUUGCCUAAACGAUGCAUAGAUGCCUUAUUCUAUUAUUAUAUACGUGCAAUUGGGUGUUUACAUCAAUUUCCUGCUGCUAUGAAUAACUUAUCUAAUAUAUUGUUAGACUGCUUAAAGCCAUGUCAACCGUAUUCUGCGUGCAAUACCAGUGAGGAUAUAUCAGGAGAUGUAGUUAAAAAUGAAGUUUUAAGUAAAAAACUCUGGCCAAGAUUUGAUAAUCUGCAAGUCAAAGCAUUUAUACAAUUUUAUGCUGUACUUCAUCUGCACACAGCUGCUCCUGACAAAUUGAUUCAAAUGGCAAGUACUCUUUUCGAGAAUAUGAACAUAUGGACUAAAAUAGAGUUGAAGAGAAAUCAGUUGGUCCAUAUAUUGUGUAUUCAUUUCUAUCUAAUUGAUCAAUACUUAUCAGAUUCCAAAUCUAAUCUAUUAACAUUUCAAAAAACAACGAAUAAAGCAUUAUGUACAUUGAAUGAACAUCAAAUAGUAGUGCUCUUCUAUUAUGUUUAA